UUGACACCUCAUUCCACAACAGGUGACUGUUUUAGAAGUGUCACUUCCAUCCUUAAGCAGACAGGUUGCAAUGUCUCGUACUAGCUCCGCAAGUAUGUUCGGUGGGGCCGGGGGAAGAGACUCCCGGGCUUCUGUGUCCACUCUGAGGGGUCUCCGGAGCGCUCUGCGCCCCGACUCCCGAAGAGAUGGCGACAACUAUGCCUCGACCCCCGCCGAUGACAAGCAGACCAUGAAGGGCCUGAACAACCGUCUGUCCGGGUACCUGGGUCGGGUGCGGCAGCUGGAGAAGUCCAAUAACGAUCUGGAGGACAAGAUCAGAGACAUUUUGAAGAAGAGAGGAAAGACCACCGAUCAUGACUGGGAAGAGAUUGAGAGACCUCUGGUUGAUCUUAAGAAGCAGGUGCGCCAAAAGACCUUGGAGAAUGCUCGUCUUAUUCUGCAGAUUGACAACAGCAAACUGGCAAACGAAGAUUUCAAAAACAAAAUGGAGACUGAACUGCUUGUGCGUCAGAAUGUGGAGCGGGACCUUUCCGACCUGCGCAAGGUCAUCGAUGACACCCAGCUGUCUAAGAUGCAGCUGGAGAGUCAGAUCGAGGCCGUCAAAGAGGAACUGGCUUAUCUCAAGAAGGAUCACCGUGAUGAUGCGAUGGCGCUGCGUCAGAAAGUAAAGGAGUCUGACGUUACCGUGGAGAUGGACUCACCUGACUCUACCCUGGCUGACACCCUCAACAAGAUACGCGGGCAGUAUGAAUCGGUUGCCGUGAAAAACCGCGACGAAACUGACAGCUGGUACAAUAAGAAGUUUGAUAACAUCAAGGUUGAAGUGGCUAAAAAUACAGAGAGUCUCCAGUCCAGCAAGAAUGAGCUAAAUGACCUGCGUCGCCAGAAACAGCUCCUGGAGAUUGAUGUGCAGUCUAUGAACAAUAUGCACAUUUCUCUGGAGGAGACCAUGCAGGACACAGAGGGCCGUUACGGCCGUGAGCUGGCCCGCCUCAACCGCCUGCUGCAGCAGCUGGAGAGCGACCUGGGCCAGGUCAGGGACCAGGUGGAGCGGCAGUCUGAAGACUACCAGGCACUGCUCAACGUCAAGAUGAAGCUGGAGGCUGAGAUUGAGAGCUACCGCUGCCUACUGCACGGCAUCGACGACGACGGUGAGUUCUCCUUAGAAAGUGCCUUAAAGAGCGAGCCCCCAAAGAAAGAGUCAGCUAAGAAGACUAAGGCAAAAGCAGCGGACAAAGUUCCUGAGGAGAAAGCCGGGCCCGACACUCCAGCCAAGAAGUAACCAGCAUGAAGCAGGACAGCUGAGUGGCCAGCAUGAGAGGAGGAGUCCACAAGACUCACCUUUCCCUUCGGUGCUCAAGCCCUGCUCAGUGGCUAAACUUCCUAUGGGAAAGUAAUAUUGAAACAUGUAGAAAUAGGUUUUGGGGGAAAAAAGGUUUAGUUUUCUGUGCAGAAAUCUGAGUUGUUAACAAAUAAAGGCAUUCGAUUUGACUAGCAACGAUUUGACUUGUCUCUUUUAUUGU